AUCCAUCCUCCUCGCGCUCGGUAGAAUCAAUCUGUGCCAGUGUCAGGUGGUUCUCUGUUUCUUCUUCUCUUCUUCUUGGAUUUCCUCUCUGAAGACAUGGAGUCUGUACGUAUCAGUACGCAUCCUGGAUUUACUUGUCAUCGUGCUGAAAGUGGCAGUGGAGGCCUAUACGCAAAGCCAUGGAGCUCUCAGAGUGCCCAUGGCGGUGGCGGGGUACACGGGACCAGAAUCUCCUCCGUCCACACCAGCAGGCUUGGGGGCUUCAGAGGAGGGGCAGAGCACCAGGUGUACACAGGUGUUACAGCUGAUGGUGGCUUCACUAUGGGUAAUGAGAAGCUCAACAUGCAGCUCCUGAAUGACCGUCUGGCCACCUACCUGGAGUCAGUAAAGAACCUGGAGGAGGUCAACAGCAAGCUGGAGCUACAGAUCAGGGAGGUACUGGAGAAGAAAGGGCCUGCUGGGGCAGACUAUAGCCGCUACGAAGCCACGCUGGAGGACCUGAGGAAGAAGAUAUCGGAGAUGACAGUGGGCAAUGCACAGAUCGCUAUCCGAGUUGAGGGUGCCGGCCUAGCCGCAGAGGACUUCAAGGUCAAGCAUGAAAGUGAGAUUGGGAUGCGCCAGACUGUCGAGAGUGAUGUCGCAAAUCUGAGGAGAACACUUGAUGACACCAUCGUGCUCCAGCUGCAUCUGGAGAACGAUAUCGAGUUUCUGACAGAGGAACUGAUCAACCUGAAGAAGAACCAUGCAGAGGAUGUGCUGGAGCUACGUACCCAGAUUUCCAUGGCUGGCGUGCAGGUGGAGGUGGAUGCUUCUAAGGGACACGACCUAGGAAAGAUCAUGGAGGAGAUGAGGGCCAAGUACGAGAAGAUGGCCUUGAAGAGCCAGGAGGAGCUCAAAGAGUGGCAUGAAUCCAAAAUCACAGAGGUGCAGGUCCAGGUGACUGAGAAUACAGAGGCCCUGAAGGAGGCACACACCACAUUCAGUGAAAGCAGGAGGAGCAUUCAGUCCCUGCAGAUUGAUCUUCAGUCCCAGAUCAGCCUGAAUGCGGCUCUGGAGGGGAACCUUCAUGACAUUGAGAUGCGCUACAACAUGGAGUUGCAGAAAUACAACGCCGUCCUCCUGAGGCUGGAGGCUGAGCUGACCCAGAUCCGCUCUGACAUCCAACAUCAGACACAGGACUACCAUAUCCUGUUCAACAUCAAGAUACAGUUGGAGGCUGAGAUCGCCGAGUACAGGAGGCUGCUGGACGGAGACUUGAAAGUUGAGGUUGCUGUCGAGAAGAAACCAACUAAAGCUUUCCGAACAAAGACGCUGAUUGUCACCCAGACACUAGUGGAUGGCAAAGUAGUGUCUGAAGGAGUGACUGAGGAUGUCAAAUCUGAAGGAGGGAUUGAAGCUGUCCAUGGAUAACCACCCAGUCAAGAAACAUCUUCUCUCUCAUCAUCAUCAUCACCAUUUUCAUCAUCACUACCAUCAUCAUCAUCAUCACCAUUAUGACACAACACAACACUAACAGUUAAUUGUUCACAAAAUGACCAAUGAAACAAUCACAAUAAAUGAAGUCAAACACUUAAUGUAA